AAUACACAUAUAAAAAAUCGUAAAUAAGUUACAUCUCGCGUAUUAGCUUUUCACGAGUAAUCUGCGCGUUAAUACGCCCGACGGAUUCCGUUCUAUGUACAUCCCUACAGCGAGAUCGACCCAAAAACAUCGACGAAAGAAAUAUCUGAAGGGAGGAUCUGCCGGAACGCUGCUGACACAAGAAAGUUUCGUCUCCGAGGGGCGAGGAGAAGAAAGCGGUUUGUCGUUGGCCUUAACCGCGAGGAUUCACGAUUAAAGCCCACAAGCGGCGGACGUCGUCCAUGAUCCUCUUUAUCCAAUCCGAGGAUCCGCGGGGCGUUAAAUCCCUCACGGGAAAGCUCCGUAACUGAGCUCUCGCGUUCGCGCGCGCUAAGUCGGUCAGCUCGGUCCAGCCGAGCGAGAGGAUCACAAUACCGGCGCCGACCGCGACCGGGCACAUCCAUCCCCGACUUGCACGUUCUUCCCGUGAAAAUUAGUUGCGCGAGAAAUCCAUGCUAAUGUCGACUAAUCGGCUGUAAUCAGCCGUGAGAGCCGACGGCUGUCACGAGUCGACGUGUCGUUGAAGACCACGACGAGAGGGAGAUCUUUUUCUCAGAACUGCUUAUUUCUACGCGGAUUGAUAGGUCAAGAUGAAACAAGAAGCUGAAGGACAACCAAGCGAAUCUGCAACUCAAGAAGAAGCUUAUGAUCCUCACCUGAAUCGUGUCACUUACAGACCAGUAUCAGAUUUUGGGUCUCUCGCAAACUUAAUAAAAAGCGCAGCCGGAACGGGUCUCUUCGCCAUGCCGAACGCGUUCGCUUGUGUCGGGCUCUUUAUCGGGAUUGUCGGUACGGCGUUUAUGGGAUUAUUGAUAACCGGAUCUCUUCAGUUGCUCGUUAGAAUUCACCAUAUGAUGUGCAUUCGUGUGAGAAAACCCAUCUUGGUGUAUGACGAGGUGGUAGUCACCACUUUAACUACGGAUUGGCAGUAUUUUAAUUCUUAG